GGGGUACGGCGAGGGAUGAGGACGACAGCGGGCAGCCGGCGAGGGACACCUCCGGGAGGGGGGAUGGAGGGGGACGAUGUCCUGCCCGUCACUGGUGGCCCCAUCAGCCCCAUGGAUGUAGCUCUGCUCCACACUCUCCAGAUGGCCCUUUGCUCUCCUGAGGCCCCAUCUAAAGCAGAUCUGCGCCGGCAAGCGGGUGAUAAGCACUCGGACAAGAGCUGGGGGAAUGCUCCACGGGGGUUGCAUGACUCUUUGGCGAUGAACGCAGCUAGAAGUGGCUACCGGGUCUUCUCGGCCAACUCCACGGCAGCCUGCACCGAGCUGGCGAAGAGGAUCACGGAGUUGCAAAAGAUUCGUGACUGCUGGCUUUCCCACUGUGUCACAUCCCAGCUUGUACUUUGCUGGGGAGGUCAGUUGCACCUUUUAAUAGAGUUGGAGCAGUCUUAUAAGGGCGUCUCGGUGCUGAGCUGGGGAAAUCUGUGGUGUACCAGGAAACCAAUGGAGGGAUGUGAAUACUGCUGUCAUGGAGCUGCUGAUAAUGGCGUAUGCACUGAAGACAUCCUGUGCCAGGAACAUCAUUGGGGUCAUCCCUUACUUUCCCUACAGCAAACAGAGCAAGAUGAGGAAGAGGGGCUCUAUAGUCUGCAAGCUGCUGGCUUCGAUGCUUGCCAAGGCAGGUUUAACACACAUUAUCACUAUGGACCUUCAUCAAAAAGAAAUUCAAGGCUUCUUCAGCUUCCCAGUAGACAACCUGAGAGCAUCCCCUUUCUUGCUUCAGUAUAUACAGGAAGAAGUGAGAUUCCAGACUACAGAAAUGCAGUUAUUGUAGCCAAAUCUCCUGAUGCAGCUAAAAGGGCUCAGUCUUACGCUGAGAGGCUACGGCUGGGACUAGCAGUGAUCCACGGAGAGGCUCAGUGUACUGAGCAGGACAUGGAUGAUGGACGUCACUCCCCUCCAAUGGUCAAAAAUGCAACUGUGCAUCCUGGCCUGGAGCUACCAUUGAUGAUGGCCAAGGAGAAACCGCCAAUAACUGUGGUUGGAGACGUUGGAGGAAGAAUUGCCAUCAUUGUGGAUGACAUCAUCGAUGAUGUGGAAAGCUUUGUAGCUGCUGCAGAGAUCCUGAAAGAGCGUGGAGCCUACAAGAUUUUUGUGAUGGCUACUCACGGGCUCCUGUCAGCAGAUGCCCCCCGUCUCAUAGAGGAAUCCUCCAUCGAUGAGGUGGUAGUAACCAACACAGUUCCUCACGAGGUACAGAAGCUGCAGUGCCCCAAGAUAAAGACUGUGGAUAUCAGUUUGAUUCUCUCUGAAGCCAUCCGACGAAUCCACAAUGGCGAGUCCAUGGCCUAUCUCUUUCGCAACAUCACUGUCGAUGACUAGACCUGGCGCUGCCCCCGUCCUGGCUUCCACAAGAGAAGGAAAUAUGCAUGAAACGGCAAUACCAUAAAUUAUAGGCAUAACACAACUGUUUAUUCUUGUAGGAGCGUGAAGGUUUUCAGAGUCUUGGGCUAUGAGAUCUAAUAGAAAACAUCCACCUGACCAGCACUUUACAGGUGAAUAGAAGAGGCCACUGGCAGUGGGGAGGAUUAUAUCUUGAGAGAGAUGGAGAAAUGAGGUGGUGUGAAUUUUUAAGUUCCUCCUUUUUUUUUUUUUUUUUAGUUGUUAUCUCUUGCCCUAUAGGGGUGGAAAGCAAAGCAAAAAGAAGUAGCUGUCAGCUUAUGAGAAGGGAAUAGAGACUGCUCAUUGCUGCGUGUGGGCAGCAAGAGGAGACAGCCUUUGGGUUUCUGUUUCUGACUGUGACUCGCCUGAGAGAGCGCAGAAGGGAGUGCUUUAUUCAGACAGCUGGGCAGCUCCUUGCCAGCUGAGUGGCCUCUCAUCUCCUGCACAGCAUAGCAAGGACUUUCAUCAAAACUAAGUUAGCGGAGCAUCCAGAAAGGGCAGCUUAGGGCAAUCCAUUUGCAGGGCUGCUCACAUCCUUGUGUCAGGGCUCUGGGAACAAGCUCACAUGUGUCUCCCAGCAGGGCAAGGGGUGCUAGUUAAUGUGCUGGCCUUUUCAUUUUACGAGCCUUGGAUCAUUAUUGUUCUUCAGUGGCAAGUCACAUGAGAGUCUUAAGUCCUCACUUGAAACUUGUCUGCACUGCAAAACAAGGUGCAGUUUCUGGAGUUGCACGGAGCUGAUGAAUUGUGGCACUCUCAUGGGGAAGGGGAGCUGGAACAGUAUCUGCCUCUAAUGCAGCUGUGCUCUCCAAAACACUAAUACUGAAGCUGCAAUAAAAAGCAUAGAAUUUUUCGGUUUUGGUGGUUCCCCUGAACCUUGUACCCCCUGAACAGCUGCUCUGUCUGUACCAUGGGGCUGUUGCUGUAACCAGGCUCACUUGGAGCUUCCAUGGGGAAGUAGGACUCACUGCUUGCUCGUUUCUUGAGUGACACUAAUCCUUGGCUGGAGGGGCACUUGAGAAAGCUGCACAAGGUGCUUGUGAAAGCUUUCAUCUCCAGGAUGAUACAAGGAUAAAUUCCCAAACUGUGAUCUUCCCCCUAGAUGAGGCUGACAAACACAGUUCAGUAAAAUGUAUGCCACUUUGUAGCCUGCUGAUGUGUGGAACAAAUCCUGCUUGGAGGCAGUAGUUUUAAAAGAGCACUGCUGCUAACGGGCUGUCUCUAGCAGGCAGUUGUUUUAUUUUUGCUUAUCCUUCAACUUCUGCCUACAUCCUUCUCUUCCACUCCAGCAUCUAAAAUGUGCGCAGUGCUAAGGAGCAGGCAGUGACUCUGGGAGAAGGACGAGCCUUGAACACUGGGCACACAAGCGUGCCUUGUCCUGGGGGAGCUGGUUCUGCAGCAUAGCGCCUUGUCUCAUAGCUGGUGAGGGUACACAAAAGCCCAGAGCUCUUGGGUCAUCUCCAGUAUCCAGCAUGGAUUAAACCUCCAAGCCUGAUCCCAUGAGGGAUGCUUGGGGCUGAAUGAGGUCUUGAUGCUAUUGAUUGUUUUCCUGCAUUUUCAAAUCACUGGGAACAAAUCACAGCUGUACUUUGUGACCACAGCGUGGGACCUCGGCUGGCUGGAGGAACACAGUGCUGUGCUGAAGUGUGUGAAGCCCUUGCAGGUGUCUGCAUGUCCCCUUGUUCUGAGCCAGUACUGGAUCAUACUCUUCACACUUUUAACACUGGCUUACACUGUGAGCAGUAUUGCUCUUGUCUCCUCUCAAAUUGCUUGUCAGACCAGCCAGAAGCAAGGUCAGGGCUUGCUGAGUGCUCUUGCCCCAGUCAGGCUUGCUUGUACUGGGCUGUAUUUGUGUGGAAACUGAAACCACAGCACUGGUGAGCAGAGAGUUAUGCUUGGGACCACAACCUGAAUUCUUAUCAGGCUUUGCUUCAAACCUUACCCUGACUAGAAGCCAAAAGCAGUUGGCUAAACUGAAGCCAGGAGAUGUUCACAUCUCAAAAUACUUUGCUUUAGGAAAACGGGUACCCUGUAUUCCCUGGGCCCAUAAGGGUGGCAGCAGGAUAUGGGUUGGGGACACAGCAUCUGCCUGACCUGACCAGCCCAGAGCUAGGUUGCCGUCCCAUCAGCAUCAAACCAGCAUUUUCUCUCCAGCCCAAAGAUCCUCCCCUUGCUGUUGCUGCGCCACUGUGCUAAUGGAGCCUGUGCUAUUUUAGGGGGUUUUACAUCUUUUCCUGCCAGUCCCGAGUGCUGUCUAGACAGCUUGAGCAGCCCCUGGGUGUAUCUGUAGCACUCCUGAGCCUGCAGCUCUGACGCUGAUGUGGAGGUAAGAGGGGCACUCAGAGGAGGGUUUGCUUCUUGCCUCUGUGCAUCUUGUUCCCAUAUAUUAAUCUUUCUACUCCCUAUUGGAAUUUAGACCUCCCAGUCUGAAAAAGAAGAAUACAGAGCAGAUCUAGAUGCUUUGAUUUUAAUGUCUGAAAACAGGUAUCUGGUGUCAUUUAAAAACACGAGGUGUCUGUUUCCCUUCCUGCCUGCCCACCAUCAUCCAUUCUUGGAAAUGGUCUUUGGGUGCCUCAGCCAAGGGGGUGCUCUGACCCUGUGAUGGUCUGAGCCGGAGGUUUCUAAGGGAAAAGAAAUUCUUGAUUUUUUUUUGUAAGUACUUCGAUGGAUCACUCGGGCUCGAAGAUUUUUUCCCAGUGUUUGAACACUUCUUGGGGCUGUCUGGAUGCCUGUGUUUAGCUGCGUUUCUUUUUUCCCUGCUUACACGGCUCUUUGCUUUGCUGCAAGGUGCGAGAAGUCCGUGUGUUGAUGCAAUCAGCAGCAACCUUCCACCAUUCCCACGUCUGAGGGAGAGGGUAAAAUCUGUCAUGCUUCUGAUACCCAAGAAAUAAAUGGAGGUGCUUCCUU